AUGUGCGCAUGUCACGCAAAUCUCUUCCAGUCAUCCAACCACAGCGUCGACACCGUAUCCGGCAUCAAGGACCCAGUACCCGCCAAAUGCCGCGCGACCCAGGUUCACGGGAAACUGUACACCUUUAUCCUGUUCAAAUCGUCCGCAAAGGAACCGGAAGCGGUCGUCAUGAAGUUAGCUGAACGAGCACGGCAAGAACCCGGCGACAUUCAACGGCUGCAUCGCCACUUACCAUCAGGUGGGAUGGCAGUCAAGUGCUGGCCAGUUUUGAAU